AAGAGGUGAAGUUUGUAACCGAAGCAUCCUGUAAUUUUUUGACAACGCUCUAACAAACAAAUAUAAAGGGGAAAAAACAGUACGUUUGUUACCUCAAGGGCAUAAUUUUUUUCCGAUCAGAAAAUAUUGCAGAACAAAUUUUUGCGAUUGAUGCCUCAAAAAAGUUGUAAAUUGAAAAUUUUUUAUAUCAAUCAGUCUUCAUAGGAGAAAAUUGCGGAACUAAUUUUUGCGAUUUUAGUAUUUUAAAGGGCCUGAUACAUUUGUACAAUAUCACUGAAAUAUAACUUAUAAUGUCAAUAUAAUUUCUUAAACUAUGUUUAAAAUAUGGUUAUAAUUUCUUUAUAAUUUCAACACCUGGCAUGUGCGUCAUAACCUCAAUUUGCUGCAUGGCUAUAAUAUUUGAAUAAAAUCAAACGAGUUUGAUUUUAUUAAUAUUGUUAGUGAUCUGGUUUCGAAUGCCUUUUGUUUGUGUGACAAUAGAUCUAUUAUCUGCUAGCGUUGUUGUGGCAACGAUGUUAUGAAAUUAAAUGAAAUUAUAACAGUACUAUAACAAAUUAUAAGUAUAUUGCAGAAAAAAUGUAACUGUAUUAUAGAAUAUAUUUCAUGAUAUUAUACAAGUGUAUCUUGGCCUUAAUACUUUUUUCUUUAUAUAAAUGUUCCGAAAAAAAGGUUUACAGGUCAUCAUUAAAAAUAUCAUAAGCUAUCAAAAGAUUUAUGAUGUCCUUGAGGUAGCUAUUCCUGGUCUCAAAAUCUAAUUGAUUGAUCAACAUCCUUAUUUUACUUUUGCUUGGCUUAUUAAUUCUUGUUUGCAUAUUUGAAAAGUAUUGAUUAUAUUAGACAAAGCAGAGAUGAAUUUUCCAUACACGGAUAUAUCAACAGAGAAAUUAUUUCAUUGCUACUGUUCAAAAGUUUGCUUACCAACACAUCUUCAUACAAAAGCAUGGGAAUUUUGGAAAUCCGUCAUGGUGAAGUGGCCUUGUCAGAUUGAGGGAAAUCUUUUGUCCUGGUUUUGUUGUGUUGGCUACGUCUUCAUUGCUGGAAAACAGUUACUUCAUGAUCGAGAUAAUUUUCAAGUAGAUAAAGACCUCAGCAUUUAUAAAUUGUGUCAGCAGGCUAGUACAAGUUUUUCCAGUUUUCUGAUCAAAUUAGCAGAGUAUGAAAUGGUGCUGCUAAACAAACGAAGUCCAUGCAGUUUGGUGCUAACUAAGAAGUAUUUGACUGCUUUGUUAGUAUCUGAACACCAUAACCAGUUAUGUAAGAUGUUACUUGUGGAAAGCCAUCCAAACUUUUUAGAGAACAAGCAGUUUAUUUGGCUAUUAUUUCUUGUUGCAAAAUGUAAGAUUUAUAUUUCCCUAUGAUUUUUUUGUGCUCUUAACAGUAAACAUUGGUUAUUUCUUUGACUUCAUCAAACAAGAAUGCAAUCUAAGGCUUGUUUUGCGUUUUAAAUUAGUAAUUAACAGUGGUUGUUCACAAUUUACUUCUGCUAAGUUAUCAUAUUUUAUUUACUUUGUGUGUUUGUAAAUCUCUCAUAAGGGAUGUUGUUAAAGUAAGAGCAUAACUAUGGGUAUUAAUUAAAAAAUGCCAAGAAAAACUAUUGUUUCUCCCAUAUAUUACUGGCUUUGUGUCAGGUUAAUGCAUAUGUUACCUCUUGUGGCGUAUGGAAGUGAUAAUGGUCUUUAACUUCAAAUUAAAAAUUGUGUUAAAAAUUAUUAUGUUUUUUUCAUGAAGUUUUGUAUUUUUAUCAUUAAAUUAAGGGACAAGUAAAGUUUAUCUUCUUCUUUUAAUAGAAUUGAAAUUAAGUUUCAAGGUGGUGAAUGACAAUGUCCAACGAAAAAUUAUUGUGUGUGCACAAAAAAUGAUAAUAAACUGUUAUAAAUUUGCCUAAAAUUUAUGGGAUGGCAACUUAAUUACGUUAAACUGACGUGUAUGGGCCUUAGAAGACCACUUACAAACUUUGUUCUUACAUUACAUUGCAUCAAAAAAGUAAUACGUAUAGUAAUAUAUAUAAUAAUUAUUUUCCUUUACAGGAAUGAAAAUUGUUGUAGUUUUUGUUAAAUCAAUUGUGCAUACCAAUUUAAUACAAUACAAUGUACCCAAAAAUAUUUUGAUACUAACAACUUCUUUGAAGUUUAUCCUGAAAACACUAUCUUUUUUCAAUUUGCAACAUUGAUGGCUGAUUCAUGUCCUAAAACAUCAAUUACUUGUUUAUGCAUCAAAAUAUUUUCUGAAAUGACGCAAACGUACAGUAAACACUUCCUUUGGAUGGAAAUUUGACAAAUUUAUCAUAUUCCU